AGCAAUGACAAGCAAAGAAGGAUAACCGAUUGGACUGGGGAGGAGUGGAACAUUGGCAGCACACUACCGUCCAAUCGGUUUUGUACAUACGACAAAUACGGGUUUUAUUGGUCUACUAAAGGUCAUCUAACAGUGAUAGCAGGAAGUCGGAAAACGUUCUACACAACGACCUGACAGUGGCACUUUGUUUGUGUGUUAUUUAGACUACAAUUUAGAGACUAAUUUAGAGACUAAUUUGAGAGACAGUUUUAGAGUUUUUUGAGUCGAACUAUAACUAUGAGUCUUCGUGAGAUACCAGUUUUAGACGACAGCGCUGACUACAGCACAUGGAAGAAGAAAGUGCUAAUAUGGCAGCUUGGCACCGCAGCAUCAACGAAACAGCAAGCUAGUAAGCUGAUUAUGAACAUGAAAGGUAGACCACAGGAGGUUUCUAUAAACAUGACAUUAAAGGUGCUAGGAGCAGAAGAUGGAGUUGAUAAACUCAUUGCCGAACUGGACAAACUGUAUAAGAAGGACAGUACUCAGUCUUUAUUUAAGGCAAUAGAUGAUUUUGAGGGAUACAGGAGAGGAGAUGGAGAAGAUAUAGACAACUACAUCUUGGAAUUCCAGAGGAGGUAUAAAAUUCUCAAACAGCUCAGAAAGAACGAAGAUCUUUACGAUGACAUGGUAUUAGCGUAUAGACUAUUAAAUCAGGCAAGCCUAAGUGAUGAACAGGCGAGAUUAGUUAGAGCAACUUGCACUAGUACAUUAUCCUAUGACUUGAUGCAAGAACAGUUAAAAAGGACGUUUGGAGAUGGAUUCACAAGGAAUGAGAAUCACUCUAGUUGUAGUCUACCUUUUAAAAGUACUCCUAUGGAGGAAAUGGUAAAGCAGGAACCUGUCUUUCUAGCUGAGGAUUACAAAUUGGGGUCUGACAUUCACUGGACCAGAAAUGGGGAUCAAAGGAAUUUCACGGGUCAACCAAUGAGAGAAGAAAACAGAUAUAACCCUGAUGCUCAGGAUAGAGGACAGCAGAGAUACAACUCUGAAUAUGCUCAGAAACGAGGACAAAAGCUUUAUAUGAGGCCGAGGGGGAGUAGUAGUCCCAAGGUAUGUUGUUUUAUAUGCCACCAACCAGGUCAUAUGGUUGCUCAGUGUUCAUUUAACACAUUCCCCGGAUCUGAGGAUGCUGACCUUGGAAAUACGGAAUGAUCGAGAGAGCUGGCAAUACAUUAAAACCUUUGUUCAGAGUAGAUUUGGAAAAGUAUCUUGAUUGAGAAACAAGAAGGCAAUCAAAUGAAUGUUUUGUGUCGUUAAAUGUAUGAGUCAAGAGCGUUGAGUCAAGCAAAAGUCAAUGUUUCUAUUUUAGGAAUUGUGAGUUUAUUCAGUUUUAUGUUUUGUAAUUUGUUAUGUGUCGUGUUUUAAGUUUUUAUCGCAAUUUCCUGUCGGAUUCUAUGAUACUAAAUAUAGAAAAGAGUCGAAUGUUUAUUAUAAGAUCAAUUAUGUCUGUUUAUAAGAAAUAAGAGUAAUAUUCAGUAUGAAUAUCCAGUUCCAUGAUUCGUAGAAUCGUGUUUUAGUCGUUUUUUACGAGUUAAUUUCUGAGCAAUGUCAGGAGUAUAUAUUAUUUCGUCUCGUCAGUUUUUAUUUUAAGUUUGUAUAUUUCAUUUUAAUUUGCAAAAGAGUGUGGUCGCAGGUAAACAUAAUAAUAUAUCUGCGUAUAUAAUAUGUUUGUAGCUAAUUUAGGUAGCUAAUCCACUUUGCUGAGUUGUUCUUUUAGUAUUUAUCUCGAAUAUUUACUCGUUUUAUGGGGACGCUUUUAAUUUUUGAGCUAGAUAUUAUAACCUCUCGGUGAGUUUUUUGAGAACAAAGUAAUUUCUGUAUUGCUAGUAAUUUUGAGCUCGUCUAGGUAUAGAAAGUACUAAUAGUGUUAGCAUUUGAAAAUGCGCGCUGGACGCGCGCGCGUGUGGCAUUUAUAUUUUAGCGGGGUUUUUGAAGAAAUUUUAAUAUGACUUGUUAUGUUUUUCUCUGUAAUAAGUUCUGAACAGUUUCGUCUCGAUAGGUCACUCAAGGUGAUAAUCUGAAGACAUCUGCUCCAACGGGGUUGUUGAGCGAAAAUACAGGGACGAUUUUAAUAUUCGGCAGUUUCGUCUUGAUAGGUCACUGCGGGUGAUAAUCUAAAGACAGCUGCAGCUCCAACGGGGUUUGUUGAGCGUAUUUGUGGGUACAAGUUUAUUGUUUGGUAGAUUUGUCCAGAUAGGUCACUGCGGGUGAUAAUCUGAAGACAGCUGUAGCUCCAACAGGGUUGUUGAGCGUAUUUGUGGGUACAAGUUUAUUGUUUGAUAGAUUCGUCCAGAUAGGUCACUGCGGGUGAUAAUCUGAAGACAGCUGUAGCUCCAACAGGGUUGUUGAGCGUAUUUAAUUAUUUAAUGGAUUCGUCCAGAUAGGUCACUGCGGGUGAUAAUCUGAAGACAGCUAUAACCCAAACGGGGUUGUUGACUGUAUUUAAUUAUUUAAUGGAUUCGUCCAGAUAGGUCACUGCGGGUGAUAAUCUGAAGACAGCUAUAACUCAAACGGGGUUGUUGACUGUAUUUUAAUUAUUUAAUGGAUCCGUCCAGAUAGGUCACUGCGGGUGAUAAUCUGAAGACAGCUAUAACUCAAACGGGGUUGUUGACUGUAUUUUAAUUAUUUAAUGGAUUCGUCCAGAUAGGUCACUGCGGGUGAUAAUCUGACGACAGCUGUAGCUCAGACGGGAUCUUCGAGCGUAUUUUUGUGUAAUUUAAUAGUGCAAUCUUGAGAGAAAUUGGGGCUAGCAUUGCUGGAAAAGGAAAACCGGGGAAUGUUAUUACUGUUCACACCUUUCUCUCUCUUUCGUGACAGAAUACUUCUAACCGUGUUUACCUUUUCUAGCAAUGACAAGCAAAGAAGGAUAACCGAUUGGACUGGGGAGGAGUGGAACAUUGGCAGCACACUACCGUCCAAUCGGUAAGUAUUUAUAAUGUUUAGUUAUUAGGUAUUUAUUUGGAAUUGGUUUAAUUUGGUGGUAAAGUUAUUCUAUUAUGUAAUAAAGUAUUUUGUUUUACAGGUUUUGUACAUACGACAAA